UGAAGCAGCAUAAGGGCUGGGUGUGUGCACGAGAGAGAGAGAGACAGAGAGUGAGCUGGGAAAGUUUUCAAUUAGUAUCUGUGUGUGUGUGUGAGAGAGAGAGAGCGUCAGAAACCCUCUCUGUGGAAAGAGUGAAAUGAACUCAGGGUGCCUCGAUGACUGGAGGAACUGUGGCUGUGUACAGUGUCUGGGACGGUUCUGACGAUUUGCUGACUUCAUGCGAAAGAGGAUAAAAGGUCUCCUGUUGAAGCAGGAAGAAAAUGGGACAGACUUCAGUGUCGAGCUUUAAUCAGCCUGCAAACGCUGAUGGAUUGGAAAAAUAUUCAGUCUCAAACUCAGAAGGAUUGUCCCCUGUAUCUGCGACACCACCGUUGAAGCGAAAAAGCAAGCUGGCAUCCAUAGGCAAAAUCUUCAAACCAUGGAAAUGGCGGAAGAAGAAAACGAGUGAGAAGUUCCAAGAGACAUCCGCAUUGUUGGAGAGGAAAAUAUCAACCAGACAGAGUCGGGAAGAGCUGAUAAGGAGAGGAGUUCUGAAGGAGAUUCCUGAUCAGGAUGGAAAUGCUGAGACGACAUUCAGAAAUGGACACACGAUACAUGCUGUACCCAUCAGAAUAGAACCAACAGCAGAAAGCACGAAAGGAGCUGGUUCUACAGAAUCAGCCACUCCACCAGAAGUAGCAGAAACGCCUGAAAACUGCCAUGUUUGCACAGUCCAACCUUCUCAGGAAGCCCAGCUGUCGCCGCUGCCAGUGUCCCAACUCCUUGACUCCACCGCCAUCACUAAAGCUGCUGCUAAAGAAGAUGAGUCUGUAAAGCAAACCCCCCAGCCUGUGUCUAAGUAUCCUCCUGUGCCCCCAAAACCAACCAACUGGAGUAUGAGUAUGGAGCGUAAGCCCUGCCAUUUAGCAAAGUUCUCCAGUUCAUUGUCACCACCUCAAUCACCCUCUCAGCAUCAUUCAGCGAUGAACACUAAUCAACCCCAGGAGCUUCCAGGCUUCCCAGGCACUGGGGACACGCUCACGAAUUCUGGAAAACAUUUCAACCUUCCUUCUCGAUCUCCUUCCCUGCGAUCGAAUCAUAAUGACUCCUUUGGACUUCCGGCCAUAACCCAGUCAUCGCCUCAGCCUGGAGACCAUGAUGAGAAGACAAAGGCCGAGAUUGAAAAACCUGAGAUGGUUGUUGACCAAAAGGUCGAUCAGUCUGACCCGUCCCAACAGCAGAACCUUGAGAAGGAAGCUCCCCUUGCUGAUUCCAGGCAGCCCAGUAAGCCUGAUGUUACUGAUGGAGACAUGGAGGUAUCCCAGGAGCAGACAGACAAAGACCUGACAGUAACCGCAGAAACACAAAAGGGUGGUUGCGAUGAAGUUGACAGGAGUGAGAAGCCGGAGACAGCAGUGAGUCCUCUCACCAAGAAGAGCCAUGUGCAGCUGGACAGUUCUUCACCGGUCAUCGUCAUCCCCAGUGCAGUUUAUCGGGAUUCUCUGGGGAAUGACACCGAUUCUGACAGCUCACUGCAGAACAAGACUGAAUCUGAUGAAUCUGAUGAAGAUGAAGAAUGUUUAAACAGUGUUCUCGCCAACAAAAUACAGCGGAGAGAUACGCUCGCCAUCAAACUCCGCAACAGACCAACAAAACAGGAGCUGGAGGAGAAGAAUAUCCUUCCCCGCAAAUCAGACGAGGAGCGGAUGGAAUUGCGGCAGCAAAUUGGGACCAAACUCAUCAGGAGGCUCAGCCAGAGACCCUCACUGGAAGAAUUGGAACAGAGGAACAUCUUGAGAUAUCGAAAUGAAGAAGAGGAACAUGAGGAAAGACUGGAGAUCAGGAGGCGGCUGACUCGCAAGCUCAGCCUCAGGCCUACAGUCGCAGAGUUGCAAGCUCGGCGCAUCCUUCGCUUUAAUGAGUAUGUGGAGGUGACAGAGGCCCAGGACUAUGACCGGAGAGCUGACAAGCCCUGGACCCGGCUGACACCUGCUGACAAGGCUGCAAUACGGAAAGAACUGAAUGAAUUCAAAAGCCGAGAAAUGGAAGUCCAUGAAGAAAGCCGACAUUUAACGAGGUUCCAUCGACCAUAAAGGAAGCAACGAGAGGCUCCAGGAGAGACCCAUAUUGUCGAGCAUUGAAGACGGUGCGCUUGUGGAAUCGCUACCGAGGCUAUGCCGGACUUAACGUGUGUUCUGUGCACCUUCCUGUCAGAAGCAGAUGUUCAACAGAGGGCUGACCAUGCAACAACUACAACAAAAACAAUCAAAAAAAAAGAGAAGUUUUAAUAUCUAAGUAAUUUUUUUUAAAAGAUUCUUUCUCAGUGAAGGCAGGCUAGCUUAUUUUGUUGUGACUGGAGGGGGAACAAAAGAUGAAAGAAAUGAUGAUGAUGACGAUAUGAUGGCAGUAGAGGGGGAACUGAACCCAGACAGAAUUAAGGGCACUUUUAAAGGUCAGAGCAGAGCAAAUUUUAUUAACUUUUUUGCUGCCAACGUGCUGUCAGACAGGAGGUGAAUAAUCGAUGUCGUGCGUUGCUGUCAUGUUCUCCCAUGUUGAGGAUUGUGGUCAGGGUAAUGUUUUCCUGCCAUUUACUAACUGGUUUCCACUCUCCUCACUUUUGUGAGGAAGCAAAUCAGACUGGAAAAGGGAACCUGUUUCUUAAUGUAACUACAGCAAACGACCUGCUAUGACCUGUUCAAGCUCGAACGCUGUCCUGAUGAAGGCUCAAAGCUGUAUACAGCUCAUAUCCUGCAUAAAAUACACAUUGGACAAAACAAAGCCUGAGCCUAUGUCGUGUUACUGGUUUCUCUUUUACCCCCAUCCUUCUGCUAAUUUUCUAAGCCAGUGAUAUUUAUUUAUGGGUGUUUGAUGACCACUCUCGUUGACACUAUCUUUAACUCAAAAAAAUUAUUGUUUUGCUGUGUCUCAACAAAAUGUACAAAAUGAGACGGAGCGGGAUUUUCAGACAGAUAUGAACUCACUGCAAAACUGGCACUCAGAGGUGCGUGCAGACUUCUGGGAACUGUAGAGAGGCAGGUCAAGAACUGGAUGGGUGGCAUCUUUCCCACUGGGGGGAGAGGGAGAGCUGGUGGUUGGGAGGGUUGUAAAUUUACAGGCACCUGUUGAGCAACAUUCUGCAAUAGGGCCUUUCUCCUCCUGCAGUAGACCAGCCCAAUGAUGGAAGAGAUCUGCAUAGGUUGAAGCAGAUUAGACCCAAUGGCCAUGGCCUUUUAACUCACCUGGCCCCAAACCCCACAUUGACCUACAGCUCCCUCUGGCUUUGAAAGCUGUUCACUUGAGGGACAAUGGGGGCAGUGGUCCCUAGGCAAAUGGUGCCUCCUUCUAAGGUGCAAUUGGUGGUCUAUGAGAUCUGGAGGCUCUUUGUAAAUGCAAACAUUUCCUCAUAUAUGUUCUGCAAUCGCCUCACAGACGCAACAGUCUCUCACCACCCCAGGUGUCUCCCCACCCUCAGUGACCUUCAGGGCGGCAAAUGAUGGAGACGUUUUUGGACCAGAUAUACGUGUAUCAUCCAAAGACUUUAGCACCUGCAAAUUAUGAGUCUUUUAUCAGGGAGAGGAAGUGGGGGUGGGGAAAAAUGCCUCAAUCUGAAAGCCUGAUGGGGAAGAGGGUCCAUGAGCUACAGUCAUAGCUCACCAUGUCUUACUGCAGGUUGGGGAGUUGAGUAUGUCCUCUGCACCAUACCAGUGUGCUAAAGCACGACCUCCCCAUUUCCCAUCCAAUUGACUCAGUUUCUCGUAAGUUACCAAAAAAAAAGACGAAGUGAGAGAGAUUUGGUAUCAGCUUAUGAAUUUUGUGUUUUAGCACUUGUGUUUACUGUUUCUAACCUCGAAGGAAGCAAUUGGAAAUGAGAAGGACCAAAUUUUCCAAAUGGAUUGUGGCAGUCAGCCUGUUUUUAAGAUUUAAUCAUCCGUAUGGGAGAAAGCAGGGGAAUUGGGGGGAGGAGGGAGGGGCAGACACAGGCUGCCUGAUAGUGCAGCUCUUUCCCUCUGGCUAACUGGUGUUGAUGAGGGAGCGGAGAGAGUCCUUAAGGCAGAGUGUGUUUCAGGAGAGCAUUUGUUUUAAUGAGUUGCCAUGGGACACCAGAGUUACAAACACCAGGGCAACUUUGUAUCAGAUAUGCGGUGGGUGAUUGGCUACCUGCUGUUGAAGCUUGACGUUCCUGUGAACAGGCAGCGAGGGGAAUAGGAAAGCAAAGAGUUCCAGGUUAUUGAAGGAGCACGAACUGAUUGUGAAUUUAAUGUCCUCACGUAAUCAGUGACUGAGCUUGGAAGAAGUGGAUGUUGGUACAUGAUGGUGUGCACACCCAGCAGGGCUGCCAGAUGAACUGUCCCAUGUUGUGCUGCAUUGAGAGCUGCUUAUUCAGACUUGCCUCAGAUAUCUGCCACAUUUAUCCAACCCUGUAAAAACCUCCUAACACUGGGCACUGCAACUUCUUUCCUCCCUGACCUCUGAUCCCUGAUCCUUCUUGUAUCGCUCGGGAAUCUGGAGGAAGGGGAGGACCCAUUCUCCUGUGUUUAAUCAUCAUCCUUCCUUACGGAGGAGCAGGAGAGAGGAAUGGCUGGCAUUCCAGACACUCCUGCCACAUCCCUCUUGACAGGAUCUGUAUCUUUCGAAAGGGCCUGAAACACACAGUAAAGUGAGAGAGAAAACAAAGUGCCGAUUUAAUCCGUAAAAUGCUGCCCUAGCAGAUCGGAAUUUUUAAAAAUGCAUUUCCUGCGUAAAUAAUCCGCACAAGUUCGCCAUGUACUUUGCAAGUGUGAAAUCAAAGGCCUCAGUUUUAUUUUGAAGAUACGUGGAUCAGCCCAUCUCCCUGUUGUUCCCAGAAUGAAUUAACCUCUCAAACAGGGCUCUGGAUUUCAUUCGGGCAGUGUUUCAGGCAAUAAGACUGACUGUUGAUGUCUGAUCAGAUACUCCAGGAAAAGCAAAGCAACUUCUCUCAACUGUCCUGCACAACAGACAACCUAUAACUGGCAGCUGCUAAAAAAAAACCUUAUUGUUCUUUUGACUUUGUGCAGUCUUUCGUCUUGUAGACGGAGGAUCUCUACAGAUGUACAACAAAUGAAUGUAAAUUUGAUUUAUAAAUUGUAUUGGUUGUAAAUAACUGGAAAAAAAAACUACACUGUCUGGAAUCGGCAAAUGAUUCUAUAACCUGUCCGCGUGUUUUUGUAAAAUGUUGCAAAUAUAUAUUUUCCAAAAAAAAAGACCCCAAGUCUCUUUCUGUUUUAAAUGUCAUGCUUUGUUCUUGUUAUGUUUCUACAGCCAACCCAGGUUACUUGUGUGUGUUUGUGUGUUUUAAAAGUUCCUACAUUGUACAAUAAGCUCUUUUAUGAGUAUUUAAUGUGACAUUAUGUUAUAAGCUAAACUAUUGGUUUUUAUCACAGCACAUUUGAAGUGCCUUAGUACAUAGCUUGGCUGAUUCGUUCUGUAACCUGUCAAAAUUUCUUUAAUAAAAUUUUAUCACAA